UGUAUUCAAGAAGAUUCUGAUAGUGUAGAUGUCUCUGAAUUGUGAACCCACAGAGUUGCAGAAUUGAAAUAUGAAGAGGCCAACUAUGGUGCUCUACAUUACGAUUUGCUGUGUAGCAUUCGUCAUAUCAAAGAUUGUCAUUUCAUGCCUCCUCUACAAAAAGUGGGCAAGAAAGCGCCGAAUCAUUGAAAAUAGUUUAUCAGGUGGGAAGAUGGUAAUGUUUCGUUCCACCACGACGCAAUCUCUUUGUGCUAAAUUUUUAAUGAGGAAAACCAUGAAGUUAUCAAACAAGGACAUCCUUGGUUCUGGUGGUUACGGCACUGUGUACCGGUUGAUGAUAAACGAUACUACAACAUUUGCUGUGAAGAAACUGAACAAAGGAAACUGCGAAAGAGAUCGUGGAUUCGAAAGAGAGCUGAAUGCAAUGGGUGACAUAAAGCACAGGAACAUUGUCCCUCUCCAUGGAUAUUAUAUAGCACCUCAGUUUAAUCUUCUCAUUUAUGAGCUAAUGCCCAAUGGAAGUUUGGAUACAUUACUUCAUGGCAAAUCAAGCAAACAAGAAACGUUGGAUUGGGCAACAAGAUAUAAAAUAGCAGUAGGUGCAGCACGGGGUUUAUCGUAUCUUCAUCAUGAUUGUAUUCCACGUAUAAUCCAUAGGGAUAUCAAGUCAAGCAACAUACUGCUGGAUCAAAACAUGGAAGCAAGGGUGUCUGAUUUUGGAUUGGCGACCCUCAUGGAAGCCAACCAGAGUCACGUCUCAACGGUUGUUGCGGGGACUUUCGGAUAUCUUGCUCCAGAGUACUUCGAUACGGGCAAAGCAACGACAAAAGGGGAUGUUUAUAGCUUUGGCGUGGUCUUGCUUGAACUACUUACUGGUAAAAGACCAACAGAUGAAUCAUUUAUCGAAAAUGGCACCAAGCUAGUAACCUGGAAUGCUAUUAGUGCGAUCGACGGAACACAUAUUCCAGUAGCGGUCAGAAGGAGCAAACAAGCACCAUUUCGAUGUCAAAAAGGGUUUACCUCACAAAAUAUGCUGGCUGCAGUGUCAUUUGAUCUAAAUUUUUUAUUUGUAUGCACAGGGUGGGAAGGAUCUGCUACCGAUACGAGAGUACUUCGAUGGGCGUGCGAAACAGGCAAGUAUUACUUAGUAGACUCGGGAUACGCAAAUACAGAAAGAUUUCUUGCACCCUAUAGAGAAGAGCGUUACCAUAUUAGUAAAUUUGACGGUAACACACGGGCCCGCGUUCAUCGAAAUCCACGAGAUUUUUAUAACCACUAGCAUGCUCAAUUAAAAAAUGUGGUCGAGAGAACAUUUGAAAUUUUGAAGAAGCGUUUCAAAAUUCUUAAUGUAGCAACACCGUUUCCGUAUAAAGUUCAAUGCUUGAUUGCUAUGGCAUGUUGUAUAAUACAUAACUUUAUUCGUCGUCACCAAGCAAAUGAUAACAUUUUUUCUGAGGACCCAGAUGAACAGAACGCUGAAAAUGAAGGUGGAGAAUACGAUUUAGUGGGAGUAAUUAAUGACUCCCAAAAUGGUGAGGAUCUCCGUGCUAGUAUUACAAACCAAUUGUGGAGCACUAGAACAUAAUUUUAUAUAAAUUUGAUAAUUGUAUUGCUAUUUGGUAUAACUAAGUGCAGUGGUUGUAUUGUUAUUUGACAUUUCUAAGAUGAUGAUGUAUGAGAUGCAUAUGCUUUGUAAUAUUUGCUUAUUUAUGCCUUUUAUGGAACAUAUAUUAAUGUUAGAAAUUGUGAUGAGAUUUUCUGCUUUGAAUGUUGGUAGGUAGAUCAUGUUGGUAGAUGUAAUUGUUUUCUAACUCUGUUAUAUAGUUGUACUCUUUCAAACUGUUUUCGUUGUAUAUGUAUUUGUUUUUGAUUCAAUGUGUUGUUAUCUGUGUAAAAGUUCGUUGAUUUGCAGAUUGACUUGAUGUACUUAAAUAUUUGUGUAUUAUAUAUGAUAUCCGAAUGGUAAUGCUAAUUUUUAUCAAAUCUUGCAGCGUGUCAUAUGAGCGUCAUAAGUGAAGUGAAAAAGUUGGGCGUACGCCUUGUGAUGGCUAGAGGUGCUUAUUGGAAGUAAAAGUGUUAUCGCCACAAAUCGGGUUUGAAAUCGCCUAACGGUACUGUAACACACUGGACCUUUGCAAAUUGCGAGGUU